CCCUGUUUAGAAUUGUAGUAAUUCUGGAGAAUACACUUUGUGACCACUGUUAAGCAUGACUCACACAUUUAGGCCAUACUGUCCUGAUCAUAGUUACUUAAUUUCCCCUUUAAAAGGAAAUCUGGAACUAAUUAUUUUAUAAAGAUGAAAGAUUAACACCUCUUUUCCCUAUAACUUAGUCUGAAUCAUUGUUUUCUAGGGGAAAAAAUAGAAAUCAUAUUAUAAGAUCAUAAAAUCACAAAGUAUACAACCUACAGCAGCUUUUCCAAAUACUCAUGAGUCUCCUCUUAUUUUCAACUCUCUCCCCCCAAAAUUACAAGCAACAGAAAAGUGAUUGCCUCUGCUUCCUCCUUCCACAGCCCUUACUCCCCCUCUUCCCCCCACCUCGGUCCCCCUUCUUUCCUGCAAGCUUUGGUGAAGUAGCCCUUAUCAAAGCCAGGCUUUCUGCAUGGACCCUUGACCCCAUCUGCUCUUCUGUAACAGAAUUAUUCUCUAUCCAGUCAUCCUUCUCUUCAUCCCCUUGUAGACUCCUUUCCUCCUCCAUACAGACUUAUCCAAGGCAUGUUGACCCUUAAAAAACCUAGUAGUUCUUACCCUCAUCCUCUAUUCUUUAUUUUCCAACCAAACUUAAACAAAAAAACCCAAAACCAUUUGUAUGGAGUGUCUACAUUUCUUCCUUGUGCUUUCUUCUUAACCCUCUAAGGCUUUCAGCUUCAUUAUUCAAUUGAAAUGUCUUUAAAUGAUUUCUUAAUUGACAAAUAACUUUUUCUCAAUCCUCAUCCUUUUUAACCCUCUCUGCGACAUUUGACACUGCUAUUUGUACUAUCCUCCAGGGUUCUCUUCUUUGGGUAUGCUCUCUCCUAAUUCUCCUUCAGUUCAAUUUAUUAAAUACCUGAUUUGGACUAAGCCCUGUGUUAAAUGCUGGGGAUACAAAUAAGAAAAAAAUAAUCCCUGCCUUCAGGAAAUCUUACAAUCUAAUGGGGAAAAUCUUAAAAAAGGAAGCUAAAAAGGAGAGGACUGGCAGGGGAGGUCCCCCAAUACAAUAUCCUGUAAGGCUGCAGAUCGGAAGUGGACUACCUGCAAAUCCAGCUUUAGUUUCUUAAAGCUCUGGAUAGGGUUGCAUGCUCUAUCCUUAAGAUGAUUGGUGAUCAGUUUAUCCUGGGGGGAGCAUCUUGCUGGAGUUCUCCAUCAGUCUCCUUUUCCUUAUUUAACAUUCGUGAAACCCAUAAAUGUAGCUGUACUCCAAGGCCCUGUCCUGGGCCCUCUUCUCUCUUCUCUAUGCUUUCACAUGGAUUCAAUUCUGUUCCCAUGGUUUCGUUUUCCAUCACCAUGCAGUUGUUUGACUUUCAUUCUUGAAGACAACCAUGGCAUUAGGGAGGUGAUACCAUGACAUGCAAGUGAGUUUGAUUUAAGUGAGGGAGGGCUGUGCAAAGUUACCAGCUUCACUUUCUCUCUUGUAAUCAUCUGGAUCCAGUAGCAAGAUUAUACAUCAGGAUGACUGAAGUUGGCCCUGGAUGCAAUGGAUCUACCAUUGCCUUUUUAACUAAGCUGGUCUUAGUUUGACUGAGGCAACUCCAAUACAUUGAUUGACUUGAUAAGAUUUGAGGCUAAGAAUAGCCUCUUUACCUAGUAAGACACACACACACACACACACACACACACAAAACAUUUGGGAGAAGACCCUAAAAGGUUUCUGGCCCAAGUUUUCACUCUAAGCCAAUCAGGGCUCAAACAAUGACCAGUGGGGCUUGGCCUGGGACCUAUUGUUGGCCAAUCAAUGAGAGUCAGAGUGAUUUGGGUUUAUGACAUGCCCCUUGAGAAAGAAAUCUAACCUGAAUGCACCAAGGUAUUUUAGGACGUUUCAGGGAUCAAAAUUGACCUUCCUUUGGGCAGACAUCUGCAGAACCUAACAUCGUGAUGAGUAUACUGUAGGGUUGAAUAAAUCCUCACUGGAAAAGAGGACAUUGAUUAAAAAGUACUUGAGAAAUCAGGCAUUCAGUUGAUCAAAAGGAGCAAGAUAAAGUAAAAUGUCAGUCCCCGAAGAAGAUGUGUGUAAUCACAUGAAAGUGGUAGUUCGUGUACGUCCUGAAAAUCAGAAAGAAAAAGCUAUUGGCUUUUAUAAAGUGGUCCAUGUUGUGGAUGAGCACUUGUUGGUCUUUGAUCCAAAAGAGGAAGACGACAAUUUCUUUCAUGGGAAGAAAACUAUGAAUCGAGACAUUACAAAAAGAAAAAGAAAGGACCUUAAGUUUGUGUUUGAUGCUGUUUUUGAUGAAAGUUCUACUCAGUCUCAAGUUUUUGAGCAUACCACAAAGCCUGUGCUUGAUGGCUUUUUAAAUGGGUAUAAUUGCACAGUGCUUGCAUAUGGUGCAACCGGAGCUGGGAAGACACACACAAUGCUUGGAUCACCUGAAGAGCCUGGAGUGAUGUAUCUGACAAUGUUAGGCCUUUAUAAAUCCAUGGAUCAGAUUAAAGAUGAGAAAUUAUGUAGCAUUACAGUUUCUUACUUAGAGGUAUACAAUGAACAGAUACGUGAUCUCCUCACAAAUUCAGGACCACUAGCUGUCCGUGAAGAUGCCCAAAGAGGGGUGGUAGUUCAGGGAUUAACAUUACAUGAGCCUAAAACUUCUGAAGAAAUUCUGCAGUUGUUGGAUGAUGGAAACAAAAACAGGACCCAGCAUCCCACUGAUGUGAAUGCAACUUCCUCUCGUUCUCACGCUGUUUUCCAGAUUUACUUAAGACAACAAGACAAAACAGCAAGUAUAAAUCAGAAUGUCCGUGUUGCCAAAAUGUGUCUUAUUGACCUGGCGGGAUCUGAACGUGCCAGGGCCACAAAUACCAGAGGAAGCCGUUUUAGAGAAGGUGCAAACAUCAAUCAAUCCCUUUUAGCCCUUGGAAAUGUCAUCAAUGCCUUAGCAGAUGGAAAGAAAAAAAAUCAGCAUAUUCCUUACAGAAAUAGCAAGCUAACUCGCUUGUUAAAGGAUUCCCUCGGAGGAAACUGUCAAACUAUCAUGAUAGCUGCUGUUAGUCCUUCUGCUAUGUUCUAUGAUGACACGUAUAACACUCUCAAGUAUGCCAACCGUGCAAAAGACAUUAAGUCUUCUUUGAAGAGUAAUGUUGUUAGUCUGGAUAAUCAUAUAACACAAUAUGUCAAGAUUUGUAAUGAGCAAAAGAAAGAGAUUAUGAUGUUAAAAGAAAAACUGAAAGCCUAUGAAGAACAGAAAAUUGUUAUUCAUGAAAAUAGCAAAGGAAGCCUUGAGCUUUCCAACAAAGAAGAAACAGAAAUACAAAGGUUUCGUGAGAUUUUAAGUUGUUUGUUCCGGAGCCGUGAAGAAAUCCGACAAGAAUAUCUGAAUUUGGAGAUGCUGAUUAAGGAAAAUGAACUAAAAACAUUCUACCAGCAGCAAUACCAUAAGCAGAUAGAAAUGAUGUGUUCUGAAGAGAAAGUCGAAAAGGCUACUUGCAAGCGGGAUCAUAAGCUCGCAAUGCUUCAGACUCGUCGUUUUCACCUGGGGAAGAAAAGAGAAGAAGAAAUGAAGCGAUUUCGUGAAAAUACUCACUGGCUUCAUCAGGUUGAAAAUGAGAUGUGUCUCCUGAGCAAAAAUGGGCCUGUUUCAAAGGAGCUUAGUAAAGAUGUCCAGGACUUCCACUUGAAACUUGAAAUAAAAGACUUAAAAAUGCAAAUCAGACAUGUGAUGAAUCUUGCCUCUCUUCAAGAGCAGCAGCAUAAACAGACAGAAAAUCUGCUGAACGCUUUGCUCCCAGUCCUAAGAAAGCAGCAUGGAAUAUUAAAAGAAGCUGGGCUGACAAGUACUGCUUUUGAAUCCGACUUUAAGGAAAUUGAACAUUUAGUGGAAAGAAAGAAAACAGUAGUUUGGGCAGACCAAACUCUUGAAGACUCAAAGCAAGCUGACCUGCCAGAGAUCACUGCUCUCAUGGCCUUUCCAGAAUUAGAACCAGUGCAAUCCCUUCCAAGGUGUAUUCCUUCAGGCGAAUCCAGUGAAAAAAUGCAGCUGGCAAUUAAUCAACAGAAAACUCCUUCACAAAAAAGAACUCGGAGGAAAUUAAUCCAGUCUCCCUCGAUGACCGAACAUUCCAGAGGACCUAAACUGUCUAGUAAAACUCGACUCAAUGAUUCUUUCACACAGGAACUCCAAGCUAUUGUAUAUACACCAGAAAAUUGUAGAAAAUCAAUUCAAAAUCCCAGUUCACAGUCGUCAUAUGGAUCCAGUUUUCAGGAAGUCAACAGUUUGAAAACAAACAGUAAUCCCUUUUAUGCUCCCUUUUCAAAAAGUUGUAUACCUCUUGACAGAAGGAUAGAGUGUGUCAAAGAGAAUUUAGAAUCUACGUUUGUUAUACACGAAGACACCAAUGACACUGGCAUAUUCUCUGAAAAGGGAUUGGAACCAAAUGAAAAUGAUACCAUUUUACCAAGGCUUAGCCUCCCUUCAUUGUUGACUAAAACAUCUGUCCACUUAACAAAUGAAACCCCAUCCUACAUGGCAAUGACUGCUGCUGCCAAGAGAAAACGGAAAUUAACAAGUCCUACACCCAGCAGUUCGUUAAGGACUACACAAGAUCCAGUAGCUAUGAAGCGUGUUCGAAAGGAUCUUUCAGGUCAUGAACAUUCUAGGAUAAACAGACCAGCAAAGGCACAUAAAAGAAGUAUCCAUGAACUAAAUCCAGGCGUGCAGAGAAAAUUUGGGAGAAGUAUUUCAGAAGGAAACAUAGCACUCAAUUCAAAAUCAAAGUCAUCCACUUUUAUCAAGCCUAAUUUUCUAAAAUGCUUUCCUAAGAAGGAUUAAAGUAGACCUUUUGUAUGUCCUUGGUACUUUUGAAGAAGCUUUUGACAAAUAGACUCUAUAGGUUUCCUCAAUCCCAUAAAAACAUCCUAGAAUAGAAGGAGAAAAUACUCUUUUCCCUUGCAUGUGUUGUUUUAAAUAAAUGUAAAUUUCAGCAGCAAAACUAGAUGUAAAUUUUUGAUACUUUUAACAUGUUUUGAUAGUCUAUUUCUUAUCACUAUAUCAUUUUAAUAUGUUUUUUGUUUUUGCAUUUUUUUAUUGUAGGACCAUUUAAAUUAAAAUUUCUGUAUUCAUGGUCUCCUUUUCCCUAAAUAUUUUUUUAUAUACUAAUAGCUUGUAAGCCUAUCGAGUUGUAAAUAGAUUGUCUAAAUAAUUUUUGUGAUUAAAAUGCACUAAUUCUUUUCUCUGCUA